AUGUUUGCCUCCAUCAAGUCGCUCUUCGUCCUCGGCUGCCUCGCCCUUUCUGCCUUUGCACAGAACAUCGCCAUCAGCGCACCAGCUGCGGGGGACACAGUAAGCGCGGGGAGCAACAUCACCGUGCGGGUUGACAAGCCGGCCACCCUAACUGGCUCGACUGAUGUCGCCAUCGCCAUCUGCCUCAAGUCGUGCGCAGGAUACACGGGCGGUUGCGCCUCCUUCGACACGACAGAGGUCCUCGGUGAUAUCCUCUACACUGGCCCCUACGACCCAAUAUACGGCUCUGGCGACUGGUACCCAUUCCAGAACUUUACUGUUCAGGUGCCAGCCGGCAUGGAGUCCGGUGAGGCCUCUCUCAGUGUGACACACCUCGUUCUCGUAGGCGCUGGCCCAAUGCCGAUCAUGCAGGUCGCAAAUGAGACGAUCAUCAUCGGGUAA